AUGCCGCCUAAAAGAACUCAGAAUGAGCCUAAGAAGAAGAAGGAUAAUGUCGACAAGACGUUUGGGAUGAAGAAUAAGAAUAAAUCAACGAAAGUGCAGAAGUACAUCAAGCAGGUGCAAGCUCAGAGCGAUCCUAUGAAGGAUGAUUUAAAGCGGAAAAAACUAGAGCAAAAGAAGUUGAAGGAGGCUGCGGAGGCAGAGAGACGUGCGUUAUUCAAUCCUGUUGACCAGAAAAUUAAAGCUGGUGUUGAUGCUAAGACGGUCCUUUGUGCUCUAUUUAAGCUGGGGAACUGUAACAAGGGAGCUCGUUGUAGAUUCUCUCAUGAUUUAAAUGUUGGCCGUAGGAUGGAGAAGAAGGACCUGUACCAGGAUGCCAGAGCGGAAAAGGAGGGUGAUACUAUGGAUAAAUGGGAUGAGGAAAAGUUACGGAAAGUUAUAUCGUCCAAACAUGGUAACCCAAGAACUACCACUGAUAAGGUUUGCAAAUACUUUAUCGAGGCUGUAGAAAAUGGCAAAUAUGGUUGGUUUUGGAUUUGUCCUAACGACGGUGAUAAAUGUAUGUAUAAGCAUGCAUUACCGGAAGGGUUUGUUCUGAAGACCAAAGAGCAGAAAAGGUUGGAAAGGGAGACUUUAGAGAACCAGCCAAAAAUUACGCUUGAGGAAUUCAUCGAAACCGAAAGGGAGAAAUUGGAUAAGUCCAAUCUCACCCCUAUAACUAUCAAGAAAUUUGCGGAGUGGAAAGAGAAACACACCAUUGAGAGGAUCAACGCUGAAAAGGAAAAGGACGAGAAAAGAAAGCUCACUGGUCGGGAAUACGUUUUAAAGAAAUAUGUUGAAGACAAAAAGUUCGCAGAUGUUGAAGAGAUGGACAUUUCCAAGGGUUCAGCUUGGGACCUGUCGCAAUUUACUGAGGCAUUACAGGAGACUCAGUCUGACGGUAUUAAAGAUUAUGGUGAUGGUAAGAAUCCAACGUUUGACAUUAAAAAGAAUGCCGAUGGAUCUUCAAACUCGUUAAUCACUGCAUAA